AUGUCAUUCACACAACAACAACAACAACAAGCACAAUUUCAAGCAAAGAAAGUUAGAUAUGGACCACCGUCUCACAUUAAAAGAAGAGUUUAUCAUCCUACUCUAGAAGCUUUGGAAUCUCAAGGUAAUAAACUUCUAAUUGAUGAAUAUUACCAAGAUGUAACAUCCACAUUAUCAGAUUUGGAAAGUAAAAGUUCUGUUAACCCAGCUAUGAUUGAUUUACAACCAGAAAUUCAAUGGUUUAUGAGACCAUUCUUGUUGGAUUUCUUGAUUGAAUUACAUUCGUCUUUCAGAUUACAACCAACCACUUUGUUUUUAUGUCUUAACAUUAUUGAUAGAUAUUGUGCCAAAAGAAUUGUUUUUAAACGUCACUAUCAAUUGGUAGGUUGUACUGCCUUAUGGAUUGCUGGUAAAUAUGAAGACAAAAAACUGAGAGUUCCUACUUUGAAAGAAUUAACAAUCAUGUGUCGAAAUGCUUACGACGAAGAAAUGUUUGUUCAAAUGGAAAUGCACAUCUUGAGUACUCUUGAAUGGUCUAUUUCUCAUCCAACUUUAGAAGAUUGCUUACAAUUGGCUAUUAAUGCUUCCAAACUUUCUCAACCUUCUAUCCCAUCCAGUUCUCCAUAUCAUCAAGAAGAAGCUGAUAAGAAUAAAUCAGUCGUCUCUGCUGUUACUGCUGUAGGUAGAUUUUUGUGUGAAUUAUCCCUUUACGAUAAGUUUUUUUUAUCUGUUCCAACUUCACUAAUUGCUAUCACUUGUAACUUGUUGGCUUGUUCAAUGCUUCAAAUUCCAAAUGCCUCCAUUGCUUUAAAAGACUUGUUGGAAGAAACUAUUUUGAAACCAAAAAGAGAACAACUUCAACAACAAAGAUCCCAAAAGAAAGCACAAACCAUGGUUCCUUCUCAUCCUAUUCUCAAUCCAAGCACAAAUACCAUGUACAAUAAUAAUAACGAAAGCAACUAUAGCCAUCAACAAAUGGGUGUUAGACAUUCCAGUAUUGAUGAUGACAUUGACUUGGAUUAUGAUGAAGAACAAGAUGACGAUUAUAUUGAUGACUUUUAUGAAAUGGACCAAGAUGAAGAAGAAGCAGAAGACUACAGUCCUAAUGAUACUAAUGACACUACCUUUGAUGAAGAAUUGGAAAACAAGCCACCAAAAGUCCACGGGGCAUUCUUAAGUGGAUUGGAUGAAAAUUCCCUUUUAACUAUUAAAAAAAUUGCUUUGGUUUUAAUUAUUCAAUUAAGUAAAGUUACUGAAGUUUUGUCCAAAAAGUAUGAAAACUUGGGUGUUAUUCAAGUUAUUAAUAAUUUCCAUUCAAACUACAAAUUCGUAAUUCAAUCAAUUUAUGAAAAACAAGAAGAUAUUAUUAAUAAUAUUGAUGAUGUUGAAAGCACAUUGAUUCAAUCAACAGAAUUGUUACUACAAUUUCCAAAACUUGAUGACGACUUGACUGAAGAUGAACUCACUGAAGAUGAAGAAGACAUAGAUUCCGAAUACGAUCAUUUAUCAUUUAGAACUCCUAAAUCACCACAUCCAUUUUCCUCAUCAUCUUUAAGUCUAGUGGAUGGUCAAACUGUAGCACCAGUUACUCCACCAUCAGCAACUUCACAAUACUCGGUAUUUUCAAAUAAAAGAUCAUCAUCAAGUAGAGUCAAUUCUGCAUGCAACACUCCAACCCAUAUUUCCAUCAGUUCAUUUGCUCCUCCACAACCACCACCAGGAUCUGUCUUGAGAACCAAAUCAAAAAUUAGAAAACAUAGUGGUAAUCACAACUAUAAACGAGAUAGCAAAUAUGACCCACAUCAAUUUUCCCCUAUUAAACCAACAAGUACAAAUAGUUCAGUAAUUGGUGGUGGUUCAUCACCUUUAAUGCAUCAACAACAUUUCUGA